CUUUUUGUAAUAACUUGUACUUUAAUUGCAGUUGGCCUUCUUACAAGGCUUUCCUUCUGUGGGUCUGUGGUCAUUAACAGCUAUUUCUGCGACCAUGGCCAGUUGUAUAAACUUGCUUGCAAUGACAAUUUUCCUAAUUCAGUCGUUGGUAAUUUAUUACCAGUGCUUCUUCUAUGGCUCCCUUUUUUAUUCAUUGUGUCCAGUUACGUCUGCAUUGGUUGUGUUUUGGCUAAAGUUACCGCAGCUCAUGAGAGAGCAAAAACUUUUAAAACCUGCACAGCUCAUCUCUCGUUGGUGGUAAUCUACUUCCUCCCGAUAAUAAUCACAUUUACUAUGAGUUCGAGAAUACAUCCGAAUGCCCGGAUCAUCAACUUGUCUCUUACUUCUGUUUUUCCACCCAUGUUGAAUCCAAUCAUUUAUGUUUUGCAGACACAAGAGAUAAAAGCUUCGCUGCAGAAAAUAUUGAAAAUCAGAAGGAAAUUCAGAAUUACUGGGAAGUAGGACGUGGUUCAGCUCAUAUGCAAACAUUUGUUCUUUUUGAUUUUG